CAGUUGUGGUCGAAAUUUAGAAUUUGAUUUCAUCAGUUGUCUUUUUACCCAGAUCACUGAAGUGAACUUGGUCGGUGAACAACUGAUUGCUCCAAGUUUCAAGCUUCUGGAAGUCCUGAAUGGAUGAGCCUCGGUCUUCAAAGCCUCUCCAAACUCACUAGUUUCAGCAUCAGGAAAAGACAGAUGUCGCGUUCAUGAUCACUCACAAUUGCUACUUUAUGACUUUCCUGUUUGUCGACUUGGAAGAUUCACAAACCUCUCAUGAAAUCCAGUACAAGCAUGCAGCUUUGACGAAGCCCUGAAGCAUCAGGUGAAUAAUAAUCAUUCAUUAUAUUUAACCAAGUGUGUGCUUCUCAUACCCAGUCGGUACUGGGUAAUAUUUCACUAAAGUGUUUGGUGACCUCAGGAGCUUUAUGAGUGCUGUUGAGUAUAUAAGCUGCGGGAAUCAGGACAUGAAGCACGUUGGAAGUUGGGAGAACAGAUUUGCCAUGCGGGCUCUCGUGUUUCUUUGCAGUGUGCUCUUUACACAAGGAGUGCGAGGUUGGACAACUGAGCAAACAGAUCAUACAACAGCAGAUGAAGGUUGGCCAACUGAGCAAAUGAGUCAUGCAUCAUCAGAAGUCUCCUGUGGUGGGUACCUGUACAACAUGAAUGACACUUUUCACAGCCCCAACUAUCCAAAUGAAUACCCAAACAAUGUAGGCUGUACAUGGUACAUUAGACCUGGUUAUAAGUUUAUUCGUUUGGAAUUCUUCGAUCUAAACACUGAGUGCGGUUAUGACUAUGUUGACGUCUAUGAUGGCUACGACACCAGCAGCAGGAGGGUAUUGCGUCUCUGCAGAACAAACCACACUGUCUACCACUCUACUGGCAACUACUUAACUGUGCACUUCAGAAGUGAUGUUAGCGUGACCAGACCAGGAUUUCGUGCUACCUACAAAGUUGUGGCUGAAAGUUCCUGCCUGUACAACUGUGGCUACCAGCCUGGAUCCUGCUCUUGCCGUUCAGACUGUGGAUACAGAGGGACCUGCUGUGGAGAUUACACAGCUUACUGUGGAAACACAACUGAACAACCUUCAACCACCGCUGAACCAGAAUGGAGCACACCGACAACUCAACAUUCUUGUCAAUACAACUGUGGUAACCACCUGGGAAGCUGCAGCUGUUACCAGUCCUGUCAGUACUUUGGAAACUGCUGUUAUGACUUCCACUCAUACUGUGGAUACAAUCCCACCACAUCUCAGCCUUCAUGUCGAUACAACUGUGGUAGCCACUUUGGAAGCUGCUCCUGCGACAGUUCCUGUCAGCGGAAUGGAAACUGCUGCCAUGAUUUCCACUCGUACUGUGAAUCAACAACUCACAGCCCAAGCCCAGUCUCCUGUGGUGGGUACCUGUACAACAUGAAUGACACUUUUCACAGCCCCAACUAUCCAAAUGAAUACCCAAACAAUGUAGGCUGUAUAUGGUACAUUAGACCUGGUUAUAAGUUUAUUCGUUUGGAGUUCUUCGAUCUAAACACUGAGUGCGGUUAUGACUAUGUUGACGUCUAUGAUGGCUACGACACCAGCAGCAGGAGGGUAUUGCGUCUCUGCAGAACAAACCACACUGUCUACCACUCUACUGGCAACUACUUAACUGUGCGCUUCAGUAGUGAUGCUAGUGUGACCAGACCAGGAUUUCGUGCUACCUACAAAGUUGUGGGCACAGCUCAGCCAUCAUGUCGUUAUAACUGUGGUAGACACUUGGGAAGCUGCUCCUGCUACAACUCAUGUCAGCGGAACGGAGACUGCUGCCAUGACUUCUACUCUUACUGCGGAUCGACCACCGAUGUCCCCACCACAGCUCAGCCAUCAUGUCGUUAUAACUGUGGUAGACACUUAGGAAGCUGUUCCUGCUACAACUCAUGUCAGUGGAACGGAGACUGCUGCCAUGACUUCUACUCUUACUGCGGAUCGACCACCGAUGUCCCCACCACAGCUCAGCCAUCAUGUCGUUAUAACUGUGGUAGGCACUUGGGAAGCUGCUCCUGCUACAACUCAUGUCAGUGGAACGGAGACUGCUGCCAUGACUUCUACUCCUACUGUUCAGUUGAAACAACACCCUCAGGGUCAUGUGGAGACUCCCUGUUCGGCUCUGGCACCUUUACCAGUCCCAACCACCCUGGCUACUACAAUGACAACUCCUACUGUGUGUGGCAGCUCAGAGCUGCGUACGACCAAAGGAUUUUUCUGGCAUUUUCCUACAUGCAAUUGGAGAACUGUUGCAGCUGUGACUACAUAUCACUUUAUGACGGACCGUCUGUUCAUUCAUCAUAUCUGGGGAAAGUGUGCAACAACAGUCUCAGCACUUUCUACUCCACUUCCAACUACAUGACUGUGCUCUUCCGGACGGACAGCUCUGUGGUCGGCCGAGGAUUCAGUGCUGAGUUUGUGAGCACUCUAAAGCCCAGCUCAGGUCGUGUUGGGUGCUCCUCAGACAACAUGAACAUUGUUAUCAACAGAGCUUACCUGAACUCUCUGGGGUAUGACGCCCACAGUUUGUACCUUGAUGAUCCGUACUGCAGACCACAGAUUUCCAGUUACGAGGUGGUCUUCAGUUUCCCCCUCAACACUUGUGGCAACGUUAGAAAGUUUGACAAUGGCAGAAUUGUGUACACCAACCACAUCCGUGGAUGGCCCUCCACGCAUGGAGAGAUUACACGUCAGUCUCACCUGAAGAUGAAUGUCACCUGUCAGAUGGAGCCAGAUUCUGUCUCCCAGAUUCUCUUUGUUGUGGAAAAUGGGGGUAACAGCAGCAUCACUGGUUCAGGUCGAUACAACACCAGCAUGGCUUUCUACAAGACCGGCAGCUUCUACGAGAAGGUGACUGAUGUCCCAUAUAAGGUAGUUCUCAACCAGGACUUGUAUGUUCAAGUGGACUUGAGAAGCAGUGACAGCAGCCUUAUUCUCUUCCUGGACACAUGCGUGGCCUCGCCAUCACCCUUCGAAUUCGAUACUAGACCUUAUUAUUUAGUCCGAAAUGGGUGUGGUGUUGAUAACACUUACCGGCCAAUCUCUAGUGGCACCCAGUCCAGAGCCCGCUUUUCAUUCAGGGCCUUCCAGUUCCUGCGAGGCACAGAUUCUGUGUACCUCCAGUGCAAGGUCCUGAUCUGCCCCGCCUCAGACAGUAACUCCCGCUGCCGCCGCGGAUGCAGUAGACGUGUGGCCAGAGAGCUAAAGUCUGAACAUGAGAGCCAAACUCUGGUUGUGGGUCCCAUCCAGCUCAAAGACUCUGAGAAAGAGAAGGAAGGACCUGAGAAGUAGAAAGAGGCUUAACUUGAUGCUGCAGACCUCCUCCAACCAUCUAUUCCUUUUAAUCCUACUCAUUAUUUUUCUCUAUCUCAUUACCUGAUUAAAAGCAUUAUCAAAAGACAA